CAACAUGAUAAUAUUCUAGAUCUUUGUGGCAAAAAGCAUCAGGAGGCUGAUAACACCAUAGGAUCACCACAUCAAGAUGAUUUCUCAUCACAACCACACCUUGUUCAUGAUCUUCGGCGGGAGAUGAAUAAAAAGAAGCAUCGGAAUUUAGAGAAAUUUGCAAAGACUACGGAAAAACAAGAAAUGAAGAAGAAGACUGCACAUCACAUGGCCCAAAAUAGGGUGCAUUCUUCUUCAAUGAAGGUUGGUACCAUAAUAAUCUUGAUCACCGCAAAAUAUCCUAACAAAGAAACUGUGGCAUAUGCUACUUAUUUGAGUAGUAACCCAAGAGACAAAGUGGAUGGUGUUGAGAUUGGUAACGAGUUCACUAAAGUGGUUGUCAAUCAUCCACUUAAGGAAGAUGAGAAGCUCGUAAGGCCAGUGAAGCAUUGCAAGACAAUUGGUGAUGCCCAUUAUGAAGGAAUGUCGAUUGCUUGGCCUUCAUUUUGUGUUCAAAAGAUCAAUAGUUAAAAUUCUCAUGUUUUAGGAUCACAUCAAGAUGGAAUCAACAAGAUACAGAG